AGAUUUCGACCAGCAGGGGACGCCAUUCGCAACCUUCACCUGUGCCUGGGGUUCGUCUGCUCUGCACAUGCGCGCAAAGCAAUUCGACCCUCAAACCCGGAUGUAACCAACGCCUAACCUGUCUCAAGAAAAACGAUGCAGACAAUAAAAUGUGUAGUGGUAGGAGACGGUGCGGUAGGAAAGACCUGCUUACUGAUCUCCUACACAACCAACAAAUUCCCCUCAGAAUAUGUGCCUACGGUUUUUGACAAUUAUGCAGUGACGGUGAUGAUCGGGGGAGAGCCCUAUACACUUGGCCUUUUUGACACAGCAGGUCAGGAGGAUUAUGACAGGCUGCGUCCUCUCAGCUAUCCACAAACAGAUGUAUUUCUUGUGUGUUUCUCUGUUGUCUCCCCCUCAUCGUUUGAAAAUGUCAAAGAGAAGUGGGUUCCUGAGAUCUCUCACCACUGCCCUCGCACACCCUUCUUGUUAGUGGGAACACAGGUGGAUCUGCGGGAAGACAGCAACACAAUUGAGAAGCUGGCAAAGAACAAACAGCGCCCUUUAUAUCCUGAGAGUGGAGAGAAGCUGGUGCGUGAGCUCAAAGCCGUCAAAUAUGUGGAGUGCUCCGCUCUGACACAGCGAGGGCUUAAGAACGUGUUUGACGAGGCCAUCCUGGCUGCCUUGGAGCCUCCUGAGACCAAAACCAAGAGAAAAUGUGUCCUGCUAUAGAUGAACAACACCAGUGAGAGUUUUAACAGUGUAAGAAAUAGAUGGGAUUAAUUAAAACUUGACAAAGAUCAAUGGCUUUUUGAAAAAAAAAGGACAAAACAAAAGGGGCAGGGAGGUGCCACUGAGAUGUAUUCAUACACUGAUUGUGCCUUCAAAAUAAACUUUCAUAAAGGCUGAGGAGCAAAACUUCAGCUCACAGUAAAUGCAAUAAGUGUCACUUAUCGCCUUUUUGGAAAGCUUUUAACAGUUGCAGUGUUUUUACAGAUAUUGUGGUGGGGCAGGACCCCCCCUGCCCGUCACAUUUGCUUGUGUUUUUUUUUCCCAAGAAAGAUCCAAUUCUAAAGCUGCCUUUGGCCUCUUCUGUGUUUGACCUUCUUUAAAUCCACUGUAGGGGAAUAUGAAUGGGCAAAAGCUUCAGCCACGUUUAACAUAGAGGUUUUAGUUAACUUUGUGUAGUACAUUUAAAAGGACACCUUGAUGUUGAGCGAUCCUGGCCAUUAGGAAAGCAACAGUCAUUGUAUCAUCACUCAAAACAGAGGCCAAAACCUUUAUUAUCUUUCAACUGAUUAAGACUCCGAGGCCAAACAAACACACACACACACACACACACACACACACACACACACACACACACACACACUCCCUAUGACGACCUAUGACUUUCUGUAUUUUCCUUCUGUGUAUAUUGUAUUAAUUCUGUGACUAUUUUGGGAUUUUUUUUAGUAGCUACUAUAUUGAAACUUGAGGUUUUGUUUUAUUCGUUUAGUUUUUUUUAUUUCCAACCUACCAAGAUGGAUGAUUGAUAAUAUAACAAAUUUUAAAUUUAAUAUUUUGAGUAGGUCUUAAUCCUGAGGUGUUUGUAAUUACAGCAUAUUUGUAAUAAAGUUGACGACGCUUAAAGUAGCCGUUGUAUUGUUUACUGCUGACUACUAACAGACUACUAACUCUUUAAAUAAAGAGUGUAUGUGUUGUGUAGACGAAUGAACAAUUACAGUUGCUGUAGCAUUUCUUAAAUGUAUUUUCUAACAAAUUUGCUAGUUCCUUCUUUGCAAGUCUGCGUUGUUAAAAUAAACCAUAAACUUUC